AUGUCUAGGAUUAAUGACCAUUUAAAUAAUGGUUUAACCACGAUACCAAAUACAAUUGGUACGAUACUGUUUGAUGAAAACAAUAAUUUGAUACAAUAUUCUGGAAUUGGUGAAGCAAAAUUUCAAGAUAUUCAAAAAUUAUGUAAAGUACCUCUAGAUAAAGAGGGAUAUGCUGUAGUUAAAGAUCCUGAUAAUGACGAAAUAAAAAUAUUCAUCUAUAAGAAUGAUGAGAAGACCCUGGUGACUUAUACGAGGCCAGAUGAGUUGAUACAUUGA